CCUUCUGUCCUGGGAGGGGGCGGGGCCGCAGCCCCUCCGCGCCAGGCGGCACAGAGAGGGGACGGAGGACCCGGGUUCUAGACGCGUCCGGAAGUGGUGCCCCGAGGCGCCGCUCGCUACCAUAGAGCUGGAGGGGGGUGGCGGCCAGGGGUCGCGGGGCUCGCCUGCCUAGAGCGGCGGCGAAGCGGUGGCUUCCCCGGCGGCGGGGGAAGGAGGGGGGGCGGCGCGAGCGGAAGCGUCCGGGAAGGUCACUUCCGGCCUGGGCGCCCGUCCCCCUGACCCCAGGGUCUGAGUCGCCGCUGCCGCCGCUGCCACCAUCCGCGAGGCAGGCGACGGGACGAGGAGUGCGGCGCGGCGGCCCCGGGGCCGAGGAGGUACCCAGACAUGGAGCUGCGGGAAGAGGCUUGGUCUCCGGGGCCGCUGGAUUCUGAGGACCAGCAGAUGGCCAGUCAUGAGAACCCAGUGGAUAUCCUCAUCAUGGACGACGACGACGUCCCCAGCUGGCCCCCAACCAAGCUGUCUCCACCCCAGCCCGCGCCCCCGCCCGGGCCCCCGCCCCGGCCCCGGCCCCCCGCACCCUACAUCUGCAACGAGUGCGGCAAGAGUUUCAGCCACUGGUCGAAGCUGACGCGGCACCAGCGCACGCACACGGGCGAGCGGCCCAACGCCUGCAGCGACUGCGGCAAGACCUUCUCGCAGAGCUCGCACCUGGUGCAGCACCGGCGCAUCCACACCGGCGAGAAGCCCUACGCUUGCUCCGAGUGCGGCAAGCGCUUCAGUUGGAGCUCCAACCUCAUGCAGCACCAGCGCAUCCACACCGGUGAGAAGCCCUACACUUGCCCCGACUGCGGCCGCAGCUUCACGCAGAGCAAGAGCCUGGCCAAGCACCGGCGUUCGCACAGCGGCCUCAAGCCCUUCGUGUGCCCGCGCUGCGGCCGCGGCUUCAGCCAGCCCAAGAGUCUGGCGCGCCAUCUGCGGCUGCACCCGGAGCUGUCGGGGCCCGGCGUGGCGGCCAAGGUGCUGGCGGCCAGCGUGCGGCGCGCCAAGGCGCCCGAGGAGGCCGCUGCGUUGGCCGGAGCUGGGGCCCGAUCAGCCGGGCCGCGGUCUCGGCGUGCCCCGGCGCCUAAGCCGUACGUGUGCGUGGAGUGCGGGAAGGGCUUCGGGCACGCGGCGGCGCUGCUGACGCACCAGCGCGCGCAGCACGGGGACGGGCUAGGGGCGGUGGGUGGCGAGGAGCCAGCGCACAUAUGCGUGGAGUGCGGCGAGGGCUUCGUGCAGGGCGCCGCGCUGCGGAGACACAAGAAGGUGCACGCGGUCGGGGCGCCCGCGGUCUGCAGCGGCUGCGGACAGAGCUUCUACCGCGCGGGCGGGGAGGACGAGGACGAGGACCCGGCGGCCGGUGCGCGCUGCCCUGAAUGCCGUGCCGGGGAGGCCCGGUAGGGGUGGGGGCGCCCGGGGGGUGGGCAGGGCCCCUCGGGCUCGGCGGGGACCACGCGACCAAGAGGCCCUGGACGGCUGGACCGGACCGAGGGGAGCGCAGCCUGGGCUUCCUGUCCACCUCGACCCGCGCUGGCCCUCAGGACUGCCCAGCAUCUCUCCAGACCCGUAGCCGACUCACCCUGUGUAGGCUCCCAGCCCGAGAUGGACAAUGAGAGAACUGUAGAGACCAAUCGGCGACGAGACCCUCCCGGAGGCUGCCACAUCGAGGAGUGGAGGGAAUCCUGGGCCUUUGCCUCCAGAGGGUCCUCUUCCCUUUUAGAAUUUUCUUUUAAUCAUACCUACCUUCUUGACCCCUCCUAGUCAUUUUUAUUGCCGGGUGGGUCCUGUUGAUUUUGUAGCCCAAGUCGUUCCUCUCCCUCCAGGGUUCGGGGUAGCGGAGGAGGAGCGAGGUAGCAGCCUCCUGCUCCUGGAGCAGCCUCAUUGAGAGGACCAGGCGCUUAGGCGUUCCCGACCUGACAGUGGACAAAAGGGUGCGGGGGCAAUAAAUGGCACUAUUCAAUUGUC